AUCGUAUAUCUGAGUAAGUACAGGGCCGGAAGCCAGUGAAACUUGUAGAUUUUAGAUUAAGAAUGCAAAGGGAGUUGUUCCGGAGCUGUAUCCCCAAAGCCCCCAGCCCGUGCCAGAAAAGGCUUCAGGCCCCUAGCAAAGCUUCACGGUGCACGCUAAAUCGUACGAGUCUGCGCGGCCUGUCGAUACUGUUUAUUAACAGUUGCGCCUUUCCAAUGUCUUCAAUCCCUGAAGGUUGCGUCGCGGUUCCCAAAUAUGUGAUCCUGGGCGUGUCUCAUUGGCUGCGAGAUGCCCAGCACGAGGCAGCAUCACAAUGACAUCGUAUCUCUUCUAUGUCGUGGAGACCGCACAUGCUGCUUGCGCACAUGCUGAGAUGGAAGGUGUGUUUUGAUCAUUCGUUUGCCAUCGCCUCAUGGUUUGGGUUGAGUACUACCCAAGCUCACACAAGCCGGUUCGAGCUUGCUACAGCGGUUACUUCUGGUAAGUCCAUAUUGCAUAUAACCGUUUAUGCACUACCCAAGCAGAUGCAGGGAUACUGCCCAGGAUUUCAACAUUUUGUUUCCCAACGACGAG